AUGACUUUAGCAGAUAAUACAGCAGCAGAGUUUUCUCAGUUUACCCAGCUUCAAAUUAAAACUCUUAGGGAUGCAUUUCAGUUAAUUGAUGAUGAUGGUGAUAGAGUUAUAUCAGAACAAGAUCUAGGAAAGUUUUGGCAAGUUUUGGGUAAGAAACCUAGCGAUGAUGAAAUAAAGUCUAUGUUAGAUAUGGGUAAUGGAUGUAACUUAACAUUUCCUGUAUUUUUGUCUAUUAUGAGCAACUCAUUAGGCUUACUUCCGGCUGAAAACGAUAUAUGUGAAGCCUUAAAAAUAUUCUGCAAAGAGGACGAUUUUGAGUUGAAUUGUGAUAUCAAGGAACUCAAGGAGUAUGUUUCUAUGGCCGGGUUUAGUCAAUCAGAUAAUUUUGAUAAGUUGGUGGAAAGCUUCACUUAUCAAACAAUAACGGGAGAACAGGUUUUCAAGGGAAAGCGCUUUCUUGAGACUAUUGGAGAAUAA